AAGGCUGACUGAAGACAGGUCUCCUGGGGCAGCUGAGGAGAGCCAUCACCAUGAUUUCUACACUGCUCUUGCUGGGCCUUAUGGCCCUUGUUGCUCCAUCCAUGAGUUACAGUUGCUAUGGUGAUAUAAGUGCUCUUCAAGCCCCACUGAUCCCCUGUACAGCUGUAAGAGCCUCAGAUUGUGGACUUGCCCUGGUACGGAGCUCUGCUGAGGCAGACAUCAUACGCCUGAGGAAAUACGAGGUCCAGAUUAAGAGAGUAGCCAGAAACCUGUGCCUGGAGCCUGCACUCAUCGCUGGCAUCAUCUCGCAGGAAAGCCGUGUCGGCCUGCUCCUGGACAAUGGCUGGGACCAGGAACGGCACAGGUACGGCUUGAUGCAGCUUGGUGGGCAUCAACAGCCUUUUGGACUGUGGGAUAGUGAAGAACAUAUAAAUCAGUGCUCAACUAUCCUGGUUCUUUCAAUUAAUGAAGUACGGGCAAGACAUCCUACCUGGACCUGGGACCAGCAGCUGAGAGGGGGAAUCUGCACCUACCGUGCAAAAAUGGGCAACUUCCAGGUCUACGAGGAUGACCCCUGUGACAGAGACAGCUACUACGUCAACAGUGUGAUUAGGAGAGCCCAGUACUUUAAGAGACACGGGUUCUAGCUCAUAAACCCACACCACCACUGAGCCUCUCCUCCACAUAGACUAGCCCAGUAGUGAUUGUAGUAUCCAGAGCAGCUCCUCAGGUCCCCUGGCAGGACCAAUGCUGGUGGCAACAGCUCAGCACUGCCUUCCAGGGGACCUGCUGGGACAAGACGUCACAAGCUCAGGGCCUUUGAAGGGCAGAGACAGGGACAGUCCAGCAAUGUUUAGGUGUCGGGUAAGGAAGGUGCCUCUUCCCAUUUGAAGCUGAAUGCAGAGCUGUUUGUGCAUCCCCCAAGCAUGGGUACACAAGCAGCUUUCCCUGUGCAUUGUCUGUGUUCUGCCCAUCUCCUUUAGCCAACUCCUUCCCUCUCCCUGGUCAAUGUUGGGAUGAAACCCCUGAGUUAAACUCAUCCUUCCCCUUGAUUGUGCUGGCUGCAGGGCAAUGAAGAGACUUCUCGCCAAGCCUUUGGCCUCUGCACUAGCUGUCCAUUUCUGUGGCCAGCCCUGUGCAGAACAAUACUAAAUGUGCUUCUGUUAGUCUCCCGAGCCCUGGAGCCCACAGCCAUGGUGGGGCUGGAGAAUUCUUCAUGGUGAAAAGCGGCCUCAUGCAGGAGAAGCUGUAUGGGAAGUACUUCAAGAGCCAUAGCAAGCAUGCAAAACAGCUUUCCAUUAGUCAGCAGCCCUCUGAGUGGGAGCCAGACCUGCAUGUACCCAAGCCCAGGGGAUGUAUCAAAACAAGAGUGUUGGUAAAACACCCCACAACCUUUCCUGCUUUAGCUUUUGCAUCUUUAUGCUGGGUUUCCUUCAAGUUUAAAAAGUGUUUCAGUAUCUGCCCCUCUGUAAGAGAUCCAGACUUCUAAUUUGAAGUGAAUUAGCUCUGGGUUUGUAAGCUCUGUUUGAAAGUGUUCUUCAAUGGGGAUGGGUCUGGGUGAAAAUUAAGGUUUACUGAGAAUAAUACUGAGAAUAAGAGAAAAAAUAAAGAUAAAU